AUGAUAUCUGCAGCACAGGUCCGCGAAGCCUCGUGGGAAGCAUUUGCAACCCUAAGAAAUGGAGCCAGAAGUGAUCCUUUCUUUGUAGGCUGUGAGACGCAGAUUUUGCGGGAGUACCAAAAAUGGCAUCCUUCUACAUUGGCUUCGAUUUGCGUCAAUUUUUCUCGUUUGCGGCCUGCUGGGCACAAAGCCACUGAGCAGCUCUUGCGACGCUUGCUAUGGAGAGCGGAUCGGCUGAUUCGUCAUCUCCGUGGGCAAGAACUCCUCGCUCUGCUGGAGGUCUUUGCUCUGCGAGAUUUACGAGAGCAUGAUCCAAGGCGCCCUGACUUGUUCAUAGAGGCAGUUCAACGACUUCAAGAAGAGGUUGGUCAUCUUGGCCUGAGCGAAGUGCGGCGAAUCGCCGCGCUCUACAAGCAACUCAACCUGCGGAACGAAGAGCUUUUUCAAUCCCUGGGAACGCGGCUGGAAGAACUUCUGCAGGCAUCGGCCAAGACCACUGAGCAGGUGGCAAUUAGGCCAAGGAAGCUUCGAUCGUCAGGCACGGCUGAAGCUGCGGUGAUGGCUUUUCUUGGAGCUUGCGGUCGCCUGAACAUUGUGCCGUUGCAGGCGCAGAACCUGCUUGAGACCGUUGGCCCAUCUGCUCGCGCCAAGAACGACUUGCCACGACUUGCUGCCUUGGCACAGCUUGCUGCAAAGUUCGGUUGUGCUGAAACUGGGGAAGCCAAUCGCAUCCUCUUGUUUGUCAGCACUGCCUUUGAACGAGCAGUUCCAGACAAUCCAACGCGAAAAGGCUACGCUUCUCAAGCUGUGUAUGGCCAGCUCUUGCUCGCGUUGAUUUUUGACGAAUCGACCUGCGAAGUCCGCGAUCGAACCCUGGUCGCUUCCGUGCAAGCCGUACGCUCUGCCUUUGGUGAAGCACUGGGCUCCUUGGACGAACGCUUGGCUCGACAACUGCAGGUUGUUGAGCUGGCUUGUCGAGUUGAACGGCCUGGUGCAUUGCAGACCCUGGAGACCAAAGGGCUCACCCUUUUCCUUGAAGGUGUCAAGAACUUGCAGGAAAGCGACGCCUUGCCUUUGCCCAAAUGCUCGUCGCAGCAGCAUCUCCAGGUUUCUGGAGCGCUUCAAGAGCUCGGAGUGAACCACCGGAUGGAGGAGAAGCUGCAACCGUACAUCGCGGACGUCCGUUUGACCCGGCGACAGGGGCUGAUCGAGAUCGACGGGCCGCUGCACUUUGUCGGUGGCUCCAAGCGCUAUGACAUGAAGACCUCCUUGAAGCAUCGUUUGCUGACGAAGCAGGGCUGGGACGUGCACCACAUCGCUUGGAACGACUGGCCGGAACAUCACCACAGUCGUUUGAACUACGUGGCAAGGUUGUUGCGAAGCUCUGCACCUGGCAAGCAUUUGAUGGAGUACAACCCACUGGAGUCAGCGCCCGAGUCCAAGGAGUUCAAUGAGUCGCGGUUUCAGGAAAUUCGACAGCUUGAUGCGCCGUGA